CCCUAUCCAACGACAUGUCUGCCUCUCUGAUUUGCUCCUGGUGCAUAUCCAAGCCAAAAAUUUGCCCCUCUUCGUUCUGACGGGCUGAAAUUAGACCGUUUACUGCGGCCUCGUAUACUUAAGCCCCAAAGAAGUCAACAAUCUGGUCUUUCGCAUUGGAGAUGGGCAUCUAAAACGCUCAAAAUGUCGAAUCAAUUCGAGUUCAUUUCAACCGAUCCAUCGAUUAGCCUCAAGCCUGGCAAAAGCUCGUUGAUCCGCAGUCGUUGCAUGCAAGGCAAAAACAAACGUGAAAGUUCUCGCAGGUCCCAACGGGCAAUAAGGAGAGCUGCCGCAACUCACAAGGCGGAAUCCAGUACCAAGCCCGACCUUCCCUCAGUCCAAGCAAUCCCACCAUCUCUGAAUGACUUCGCCCUAAUCCGGUUCGCGAGCGAUAUCGACGCCGAAGCCCAAGGCCUCAUUUUCAAAGCGUUUACGUACAACGUUGCGAACCCUCCGUCUCCGCUUGAUCGUUGCGUCGACUUUGAUUAUAUCGAAUCUGCAUCUUUCCAAUGGUACUUCUCUGACGCAGUGUUCCUGCACUCGAUUCUAUUUGUCAGCUACGCAAUCAAUGAUCUUGUGCUGCCAUCGUGGGACGGGCAGCCCGGAAGGAAGAUGGUUUCGCAUCUGCGCAAGACCUUGGCAUUACUCGCGAGGAAGAUGGAAACCAUCAAUGUGCAUGAGGAUGAGGCCGUGUUGCACGUAGUAAUCAACCUAGCGCUCCUCGCUGUUAUCUAUGAUGAUUGGAAAGCUGCUGCCGCACAUUUCGCUGGGCUACAGAAAAUUGUGCAGUUAAGAGGCGGUGUCGAUUUCUUGCGUUCAAGACCGAAACUACAUCUAAAGCUCGAUCGUCUUGAUCUUGCAUGGUCCCUCAGCUCAGGCAAUAACCCAUUCUUUCUUCUUCCAAUCACAUCCUGGGAACCGAUCCUGCAACUACGGUUGUCUGAUUCCUCCUUAUAUCAGCCGCCCGCUGACUGGGACAUCCGACUGGCUGAUCUAUUCCGCGACUUCCAACUUCUAGCCGUAACCAUCAACGAAAAUGUCCGGAAGCACGCACGCUACAAUGCAGCGUGUUUUCAAACCAUCCUCAGCUCGCUUCAAUCGCGGCUAAUGUAUCUCGAGUCUCCACAUCAUGAUUCUAUUGAGGAGUUGGUUCGCCUAUCUUUGCUUGCGCUUCUAACUACGACAUUCGAAGUCCCCGGGAGAAAGAUACCAUAUAUUUGGGUCGCAAAGAAGAUUGAAAAGGCGUACAUAGGCGCUAUUGAUAGUAUAAACAAGAACAGCAAAGCCUUGCAACUGUGGUUAUUGAUGGUAGUUGCGAUUUCAGUGACUAGGGCCGAGGAAGAUUGGUUCCGAGAAGCGUGGAGGGCAGCAGGUAUAGCGGUCAACUGGGCUGAAGCGAAGAAGCAUUUAACGAACGUGAUAUGGAUUGAGUGUAUACAUGAUAGAGCGGGAAAGACUGUACUCCAACAGCUUACAAUUACUCGAGAGGCUGCAGAUUGGAGCAUGGGGAUGAAAUCAUGGGAUCCCAUCUGAUUGCCGCUGGAAGAGCUUCAGUCCAAAACAUAGCUGCCAUCCAUACUAUGAUAACUAGACUAAUGAAGCGCGAACAUUAUAGGAGCUGAGAAAGUUGCAUGCCAUGAUCUAUUUACGGUACAAAUGACAGCUGCGAGAACACAGCGGCUGCUAGAAAAUAGGAAAUGCGGAAGUGGGGUAUUGAAACGUGUAUACUCCGGUUGGAGUAGGAAGAUAUAGGGUCGACAAUGGACUGUAGAUCUGCUGUAGCAUCAUCAAAUGCCCUGACUAGCAUCAGGCACUCGCCAGUCUAUCAUCUCGUAGUCGUAUAAAAGUAAGGAAAGGAGAUGGCCAACGCUUUGAGAUCCGAAAAGCCAGUAUCUCGAGCAAUCAUCUUCUGCAAUGCGAUAUCCCGACCCGUUGGUACUGCUGCCAAC